AUGAACCAAGCAACUCUUUUAUCUGAAAACCACUUUGUGUUCUGUUUCUCCCAUGAUCUUAUCUCUUUCCUCUCAUCAAAAGCUGUGUAUGUACAGAACGAUGGGAGAGUGACUUGGGCUGACAAUUCUCAAGUUACACACUUAAACAGGGCUAUGCAAGCCUCUGUUUUAUUGGGUCGGAGUUGCGCCUUCUCUGGUUUUGGGCAGAUUUUUCCUCCACUACUUUUUGAGAUGCUGGCGUGA